AUGGAGAGGAAUACUGGGUUUGUUUCCUGUGGAGUUCGAGAAGAAGAAGAAGAAAAAAAACAGAAAUCGCCAUUUAAUGCUUGUGCACAGCAGCGGGAUGCCAUUCCUUGUGCUCACUACUCAGGAGCUUUCUCGGCGCUUUCCUUGAAGUCAAUGGUGAAGUCUCCCUCACCCUCGUCGAGAUCAUCUCCCAAAUCGAACCUAUCCCAAAUUUACAUCCCUAGCCAGAGUCCUUCCACUCCUCUAAUCGACCUAAUUCUAGAUUUAAUCCAACAGGAGAGCGUUAAUCCAAUCGUGGCAUCGCUUGACUUUGUCCAAGAGGACAUUCGAAAGCUGGAGUUGGCAUCUGUGGUCGGAAAACGAGUUAGGGGGGGAGAAGAAGGGGAAAUUGGUGGGUGA